AUUCCAUCGCACAAGAGCAUGAACAUCGAGGCGUUCUCAGCGUUCCUUGUGGAUUACAAACAUGCAGAUCCCGCCCUGGAUGAAUUUUACCGGGAUGAGAUUCACGUCGCUCGCAGGUUCAAGGCGUUCUCACUGCGGCAAAAGUCUGAGAGCAAGCUCAUUAAGAAUUUGCGACGCCGGUAUGGAAAGCAUUUUUCGGUCAUCUUGGGUGAUUGGAGCGAUGCUGGGAAAACGAUGCGCUUUCAGGAGUCAUCAAAGACCAAGGGAUUCCGCACACUCUUUGCAAGAAACAGCAUUCCAUGCUACUUGCUAGAUGAGUAUCGAACGUCGUCCGUGUGCCCAGACUGCCACGGCCGUGUGAAGAAAAACAUCCAACAGCGGCUGUCAUCUUGGCCGUGGCAAGCUAGAAAGGGAAGAAUGGAAUACGUCCAUGGAUUGGUGGGUUGCCCCAACCCCGAAUGUAUCAACCAAGACUGGACGCCAUUUGGGAUUCCUGGAAGACAACCACUACGACUACGAAUGAAAGCGCACAAUCGGGACGUCCUAAGCACCAAGAAUUUCCUCUCGAUUGUGCGUUCGGUGGUGUUUGGCGAUGGCCGCAGACCAGACGCAUUCUCCCGUAACCGGUAGUCUAGAAUUUUCACCCCAUUCAAUGUUCCGUGGUGGUUAUCUGCCAUCCACAUCAUUGUACCUCUGCCGGAGGCAUCGCCGAUGA